AUGCAACUCACACUCAUUUUCACCACACUCCUUACAUUUGCUGCUAUUGCUACAUCACAUCCGACACCAAAUUUGGUCAAAAAACGUACCUCUUUGGCUAGGCCCCAGGAGCUUUCCUCCAACCUCAUGGAUCAUCUCAAACCCAGGCUUGGGAUGUCCGAUACACCUGAUAAACCUGAUACACCUGACUCGGUUGACUUUGGCGAUACGCCCGUGUCGCCUGACGUCGAGGUUGACAACGACGGCUUUAUUUACAAGAGAAUCCCCAACUCCCAUGACUCUGAGUCCUGCAUCUCUCAUUCAAUCGACGAAAGCGGCGACACGGGGAGCGAAGAUGUUGGGUCUCACAAGAGAAGCACUAACUCCCAUGACUCUGAGUCCUGCGUCGCUCAUUCAACUGACGAAAGUGACAUCAGUGACAGCGGUGAUAUGGGGCGCGAGGAUAUUGGGUCUCACAAGAGAAGCCCCGACUCCCAUGACUCUGAGUCCUGCAUCUCUCAUUCGAUCGAUGAAAGCGGCGACACGGGGCGCGAGGAUGUUGGGUCUUACAAGAGAAGCACCGACUCCCAUGACUCUGAGUCCUGCGUCGCUCAUUCAACUGACGAAAGUGACAUCAGUGACAGCGGUGAUAUGGGGCGCGAGGAUAUUGGGUCUCACAAGAGAAGCCCCGACUCCCAUGACUCUGAGUCCUGCAUAUCUCAUUCAACUGACGAAAGCGGCGACACGGGGCGCGAGGAUGUUGGGUCUUACAAGAGAAGCACUAACUCCCAUGACUCUGAGUCCUGCAUCGCUCAUUCAACCGACGAAAGCAGCGACACGGGGCGCAAGGACGUUGGAUCUCACCUUGUUCACAAGAGAAAGGCUUUUGUUUACCGUCUGAAGAACGAGAAGCGCCACAACUAG